AUGAGGAGGAGCCGGGGUGGCCCAUCCCGCCGGGCUCCCCGUGCAGCCCAGCCCCCGGACCCCCCAGCCCAGCCCUGCCAGCUCUGUGGCCGCUCAUCCCUCGGGGAGGCCCCACCGGGCACUCCACCUUGCCGGCUCUGCUGUCCCGCUGCAGCCCCCCAGGAAGCACCAGCCCCCGAAGGCCGGGUGCUUGGCGAGGGCGAGGGAGAGCCACCACGGGCUGGGCAGGGCCAGGGCCAGCCCGCCAGGCGGGAGGAGGAGCCGGACGAGGACGAGGAGGGCACCUACCACUGCACGGAGUGCGAGGACUCCUUCGACAGCCUCGGGGAGCUGCAUGGGCACUUCAUGCUGCACGCCCGGGGUGAGGUGUAGGCAGAGCCCUUGCCCAGAAGCUUGGCAGGAAGGGUGCGUUGGGAGGAGGGGGGCUGAAGAGAUUGGGUGGGUGAAAUGGUCCUAGGGGAUGGAGUACUGCCUAUCUGUGUCGUCUUAGCUGUAUGUGUGCGGCGAGAAUAAAAGCCAAAUUCUGUAUGUCGG